AUGAAGAAGAAAAACAAGGAGGACCUGUACAAGGAGAACAAGCUGGAGGCGUCCAAGUUAAGGAUAGCCAUCGUCAGCACAGAUAAGUGCAAGCCAAAGAAGUGCCACCUGGAAUGCAAAAAAAAUUGCCCAAUAGUCAAAACAGGAAAGUUCUGCAUAGAAGUAGAGCACGCAUCUAAGAUAGCCUACAUAAGUGAAACCCUAUGCAUAGGAUGUGGUAUAUGUGUGAAGAAGUGCCCCUUCUCCGCCAUAACAAUUAUUAACCUGCCAAAGGAUAUAAACAAAGAUGUCGUACAUAGGUACGGACCGAACACUUUUAAACUACAUAGACUACCCGUACCCAAGUUAGGACAAAUAUUAGGUCUAGUAGGAACCAAUGGAAUAGGAAAAUCAACUGCUUUAAAAAUUUUGUCAUCUAAAUUGAAGCCCAACUUGGGUAAGUUCAGUAACCCUCCUGAAUGGAGAGAUAUCUUAUCCUUUUUCCGAGGGAAUGAGUUGCAAAUAUUUUUUACAAAGUUGUUGGAGGAGCAAUUGACUCCAAUUAUAAAACCACAGAAUGUAGAUUUGAUCCCAAAACAAAUUAAAGGAAAUAUUUUAGACAUAAUAAACAAAAAGGAUAAGCUGAACAAAAAGGAUCAAUAUAUGACUGCACUCGAGUUGGACCAUUUACUAGAUCGAAAUGUAGAAGACUUAAGUGGAGGAGAGUUGCAAAGAUUUGCUCUACUUAUAUCAAUUAUUGGACAAACAACUAAUGUAUAUAUGUUUGACGAACCCAGCAGUUACCUUGAUAUUAAGCAACGUAUAUCCAUGGCCAAAAUUAUACAUAGCUUAGUUAGACAUGAUAACUACAUCAUAGUAGUUGAACACGACCUUUCCAUUUUGGAUUAUCUAAGUGAUUAUGUUUGCUGUCUCUGGGGAAAGGCAGGGGCAUACGGAGUGGUUACCUCUCCUUUUUCUGUACGAGAAGGUAUUAAUGUCUUCCUUGAUGGAUUCGUGCCAACUGAUAAUUUACGAAUAAGAGAAGAAUCCCUAAAUUUUAAGCUAGCCACAGAUCAAGACGUAACAGAUGAAGACAAAAAAAGACUCCAUUUUUAUAACUACCCAACUAUUAAAAAAACGCUAAAUAGUUUCACCUUAACUAUCGAUAAAGGAAUCUUCUCCGAGUCAGAAGUUUUUGUUCUCUUAGGUCAAAAUGGAAGUGGAAAAAGUACAUUCAUACGUCUCUUUGCAGGACUCAUCAAACCGGAUAAUGUCGAUAGUCUCGGUUUUCUUGAAUCUCUUAGCGUUUCUUACAAACCACAACAGAUACAGGCAAAGUAUACGGGAACUGUGAGACAGCUACUCAUGUCCAAGUUAAAGGGACUGUACACAGAUCCCUACUUUAAUAAUGAAAUUAUUAAGCCGUUAAAAAUUGAAGGCAUCCUCGACAAUCAAGUUCUAACCCUAUCAGGAGGAGAGUUACAAAAAGUUGCCAUUAUCAUUACCCUGGCGAAGAACACAAAUAUCUACCUCAUCGAUGAACCCUCUGCUUACUUAGAUUCCGAACAAAGAAUCAUUGUCUCCAAAAUUAUUAAGCGCUUCAUUCUUAAUACAAACAAAACGGCAUUUGUCGUAGAGCAUGAUUUUAUUAUGGCUACCUAUUUGGCGGAUCAUGUCAUCGUCUUCGAUGGGCAGGCGGGAGUCAACACCGUUGCCAAUACACCCCAAACGCUCGUGGCGGGCAUGAACAAAUUUCUGAAAAUUAUUGACGUAACCUUUAGGCGAGACCCCACCAACUACCGACCCAGGAUAAACAAGUACGACAGUGUCAAGGACAAGGAGCAGAAGCUCAACGGCACCUACUUCAUCAUCGACGAGCAUAAUUACGCAUCUUUGAGAAAAAUCUCCAACUGGGUUAGAGACAACGGAUGCUGA